GACCGGAAGCUGUUUAGCUCAUCAAAAAGUUAGCACAGAGCUAACUGAGCACACAGAUUCAUAUGAGGGUUUACAUGUUCCUGUUCAGGUCGUCACCGUGUUCUGCUGAAUACUGAAACCAUGUGACCAGAACCCGGAAGGUGAAGCUCAGGUGUAGUUUUUAGUGCCUUGCUCGGAGAGUCAGAGUUGGAGGGUUCAAGUCUACAAAGAACAUAAAGAAAAGAAAAUAUAGGAUGAGCAAUAAAAAAAAGAGAGAGAGAGAUGGCUGACGUUCUCUCUGUGUUUGUGUCAUUCAGACGGCGUGCAGUGUCAGGUGAUAUCAAGUGUGUAGGACUUCUGUUGUUGUUGCCAUGGUAUCAAGCAGGUGUCUCAAAGUGUAAUAAUGUGGUUUUUAAAUCGUCAGGUCGUGAUGUCUCCCAGCAGCAGUGCGGUGUCUCACGGCGUCCCCGUGGUCGCUGUGUGUCUAGCCGCUCUGCUGCUCUCUAACCUGCUGCUCUACCUGUACCUGGACGCUCUUUAUCACCCAGAUGAACACCUGCUGUCCUCUGGGGACGGCUGUCCACCUGGACACUUUAAGAUGAGCACCAUGAGGAACUGCACGCCCUGGCUCACGUGUUCUCAGAUCACAGCCGAGGUCCGCCCCCUGAAGCUGAUUGGACAAGGAGCCGUUAAAAAGGUGUACCUGGCAGAGUGGAGGGGUCAGAAGGUGGCUCUGUCCACACUGUCCUCUCCUGAUUACCUGGAGGACUUCCUUCAUGGCGUGUCGAUGCUUCAGGCUCUGCAGGCUCCUCAGGUGGUGCAGCUGGUGGGUUUCUGCCUGUCAGACUCUACUCAGGUCACAGAGUACCAACCGCUGGGCUCCCUCCUGAACCUGGAGACCGUCCUCUCUCAGGAGCAGCAUCACAGACACAACACUUGGCAGGUGAGACUGCAGCUGGCCGUGGACUAUGUGUCCAUUCUGGCCUUCCUGCACAGCAGCCCGGCCGGCUGCAGGGUGAUGUGUGACUCCAACAGUCUAGAGAAGACUCUGUCUCAGGUGCUGCUGACGCCACAGCUCCACCUGGUGGUGAACGACCUGGAUGCGCUGCCUCAGGCAGACCGCUCCUCAGGUCUGCUGGUGAAGUGUGGGCACCGAGAGCUGAUGGGGGACUUUGUGGCCCCAGAGCAGCGGUGGCCCUUCAGAGAGGAGGCAUUCUCUGACGAGCUCAUGGCGCCAUACGACGAGAAGACGGACGUCUGGAAGAUCCCCGACGUCACAUGGUACCUGAUGGGACGGGUACCUGGAGGAGACCUGGUCCACUUCCACCUGUUCCAGAUCCACGAGAAGUGUAAGCAGGUGGACCCAAAGCUCCGCCCCUCAGCGCAGGAUGUUGUGCAUGUGUACAGAUCAGUGUACAGUAGCAUGGUGAGGGACAGCGCUGCAGUCAGAGACAUGCUGUAGAGCUCUAUGAAAAUAUUCUCUUUAAUAAAAGAUCCAAAAGAAACCAAA